AUGGGACGUUGCGCCUUGGAGAUAACAAAUCUGAGACUGAGUCAUAGCCAUCCACACCAGCUCUGGGCCAGGCUCAGACCUGUCCUCCUGCAUUGGCAUUGGCACUGGCACUGGCACCGGAAGAUCAUGGUCUACCGUCGGGAGAAACAGAUUCGAUGGGUCGAGUACUAUCCAGAUCAUGAAACUACAAAAGCCAUACUGGAUGUUGUUCGGAGGCUUUAUGACGAUCGAUUUUAUACUACAUGCGGUGAAAUUCCAUAUGAUACUCGACAGGCUAUGUUAUGUAGAUGGGAUCCAACACACAAUGAAAGGGUUGCUGUGAACUUUGAGAAGAAAGGGAGUGCAAGGUUGUUUGACUGGUUUUCGACGGCUAGAAAGCAUAUGAAGAAGCCCCAGUGGAUAACCGACGGACAGUGGGAGCAACUUAAGGCAUAUUGGCGAACUCCUGAGUUUAUCGCCGACUUUGAGCAGGCAAAGACUGCCCGUGCGUCCCAGAAAGGUGGCUCUUUGCACACUGCAGGUGCAAAAAGUCAGGGCCAUGUGGCUAGGACAAUGGAUACGGGACAGAUGCCGACUCAGGAUGAGCUAUUCCCAAAGACCUACACAAAAAGAAGAAGUCAGAGUCAGAUCCGAUCGAAUGGGUUGAGAACAUGGCUCGGAAUUCUCAUCUCUUUUACAAUUGAUUUGGAGCAUCUUAGUGCUGGUUUUGAGCAGGUUUUAUUGUGCUGGUUUGGUGCUGUUUUUAUGCAGGUGUGGCUGCAACAAUUAGCUGCUGCUUCAAUGUCUUUUCUCCAACAGCCUGAGGCAAACUUUCAACCAUUAGUCUUAGCAUCAAUCUUCCUGCUACUUGUUCUGAGGUUCCUCUUUAAUAAAAACAAGAAAAGAUAUACCAAACUCCCCCCAAGCCCUCCAAAGUUACCCAUUAUUGGCAACCUUCAUCAACUAGGAAACGCACCUCACAAGUCCCUGCACUGCCUUGCAAAGAAUUUAGGCCCCAUCAUGUACCUAAAACUCGGCGAAAUACCAACAAUAGUAUUGUCAUCUGCAAGCAUAACAAAAGAAGUAAUCAGGACUCAUGAUCUUGCUUUCGCAAGUCGGCCUCAGAUAUAUUCAGCCAAACAACUAUUAUACAAUUGGACUGACAUUGGCUUUGCACCAUGUGGUUCUUACCGGAGACAGAUGCGUAAAAUUUGCAUACUCGAGCUACUUAGCACGAAGCGAGUGCAAUCCUUUUCUCUCAUUAGAGAAGAGGAAGUUGCUCGUCUUGUACAUCGGAUUACAGAAUCAUACCCUGGCACCACAAACUUAAGUAAAACACUAGCUCUUUAUGCAAACGAUGUCAUUUGUCGUGUUGCUUUUGGGAAGAUUUUCACAGAAGGUGGAGAUUAUGAACGUCACGGGUUUCAUAAGUUGCUUGAUGAAUUCCAGGAACUUCUCGGCGGAUUAAGCAUUGGAGAUUUUUUUCCUUCGAUUGAAUGUAUUAUACAGAGACUAACAGGAUUGAAAUCGAGACUAGAAGACACCUCCAGUCGCUUUGAUCAGCUUCUUGAUGAGAUAGUGGAGGAUCACAUUAGAUCUGGAAAUGAGAAAGAUCAUAAGGAUAUUGUCGAUGUUUUACUUGAAGUACAGCAGAAAGCAGAUCUUGAAGCACCUAUUACAAUGGAAAAUGUUAAAGCAGUCAUCUCGAACAUGUUUGCUGCAGGAACUGAUUCAACAUUCAUUACAUUGGAUUGGGCAAUGGCAGAGCUGUUGAUGAAUCCAAAAGCAAUGGAAAUAGCACAAACAGAAGUGAGAAAUGUUGAGGGCGAUAGAAGCUUUGUGUCAGGAAGCCAUUUGCCUCAAUUGAACUACAUCAAAGCUAUCAUAAAAGAAGUCUUUCGGUUGCAUCCUCCUGGUCCAUUACUAAUUCCAAGAGAGUCCACUGCAGAAAUUACCAUAGAGGGAUAUACUAUUCCUCCCAAAACAAGGUUUUUAAUCAACGCGUGGGCUCUAGGAAGGGAUCCAGAUACUUGGAAAAAUCCUGAUGUAUUUAAUCCUGAUAGAUUUAUUCAUAAAGACAUUGAUUUUAAAGGGCAAGAUUUUGAGCUUAAACCAUUGGGCGUUGGUAGAAGAAUUUGCCCUGGUAUUGCAUUUGCUAGCGCGAAUAUUGAGUUAGCUCUAGCUCAAUUUCUUCACAGCUUUGAUUGGGAACUUCCCCCAGGUAUUGAAGCUAAACAUAUGGACAUGACAGAAGCUUUUGGAAUAUCAAUGCCCAGGAUAUCUCCUCUUAUCCUGAUUGCCAAGCUGCACUUUCCUGGAUCAGAGCUCAAAUUGGACUGUAAGUAA